AACGGCUAAUGUUUUUGAGGUUUCCGUUUUGAUUUGCAUCUCUGAAAACUAAGUGAAUCAUUGGCUUGUUCAGUCUCGAAGGUCCAGCCAAUCACAAUUGAUGUAUGGCAUGUACAUGUCGGUCUAAACUGUCACUUGAGUCCAGAGCUCAAUCAGCACUAAAAACGUGAUGAUGAUGGCAAGUUAUUUUGCAAUAACAAUUCUGAUUGCAGCAUUGCCGGUUGAGACCCAAGACAUUCCUCUUUCAGUUUCUGAAAUAAAAGCAGAACUUGGCGAUAAGGUUACUUUGCAUGGUAGAGGAAUCAAAAAAGAAAAGAAGGAAGAUAAGAUUGACUGGUACAAACAAUCUCAUGGAUAUGUUCCCCAAACAGUCGCUCGAAGUGUGUUUGGAAUAAUUACAAUUUAUCCUCCCUUUAAUUUAACAUUCACAGUGGAAGAAGGGGUUUCUGAAUUCAAUCUUAUCCUUCAAAGUGUAACUAAAAGUGAUGAAGCAAACUAUUUUUGUCGAAGCCAAUUUUCUGACAGUUGGACUAAUGGCAUAAUUCUGUCCGUCAAAGAUCACAACAUCACGCCGGUUGAAGAAAAGCAAGAUGAAACAGAACCCUAUAACUGUCAUCUGGUUACCGUGGUGCUUGGAAUACUGUUGGCUUGCUGUCUGGUUGUGAUCAUAAUCCUCUUUCUAACCAGAAAUAAAAAACAAGUUUGUGAGCAUUGCAAAGGAACACUGAGUUCCUCCUACCAUGUGGCAAAUGACUCAGGGAUUCAGGAACAACAGGACAGGGAAACGGGUUCCUUGAAUUACGCAGCGUUGGAUUUCCCUGGCAGGAAAACCAAAAGGGGGAAAAAGAACAGUGAACAGACUCAGGAGAGUCUGUAUUCUGAUGUGAGAGAAACCCGCCACUAAAGUCUAUUAACCAGGGAGUCUGUGUCCCCUCAUGAGGCUUAAGUAAUGAUUUUGGCACGUUGUGAUGUCAGUUUGGAUUGAUGAAUUUGAAUGUUGUGCUAUGGUUGUUGGUGGAAAUAAUCUGGACCAUUUUAUUUUUAUGGGUAUAUGUAGACUGUUUACAUUUAGUUAUGUUGCUUUGAAAAUAUUUUAUAUUGCAAACACACGCAUGUGGCCGCAUAACUAAAUCUUAAUAAACAUAGUUUUUAAUGUGCCACUAAUCUCAGCUAUGCUUGCCGAGGUUGCUUGGCAACCAUUUGCUGGCUUGAGGCACAACGUUGCUUUGGGGGAGAAUUAUGAUUUGUUUUCAAUAAAUUAUUGCACUUGAA